AUUACAGUCGCAGCCGUACCAGCUGCAAUAGUAGAAGGAGUAGUACUUAACGUAAGCGACAGAACAGGACUAGCAAAAGGACCAAUAGGACCAACAGGCGACGAUUAACACGGGAUAGACAAAAGGCCAACUGAACGGGAAAAAGCUACUGAGAAAAUCGGGGUGCAGAGUGCAGCAUUUGCAGUAGCCGGCAGCCACUACGGAGUCACUGCUUCUAUCGCCAUUUGUCACUGACCAGCAAGCGUUGAUCAGAACGGAUAACCGUGAACCGCAAAUGCCGAAGCACGGUCACGACAGCAUAGUGCAUGCACGUUUAACACGUACGUACGAGGUGCAAUAAUGGAUUAUUGACGUCUUCCUGUCGUUGACAAUGUACUACUGCGAGGCAGUGGCAGCUGGCUGACAAGCGGCGACGAGCUGUGGCUCGUCGAACAGCCGAUCAAGCCGGCCAAAAACAGAAAACGCGGUCAACAACGAAAGUGAUCACAACAACAAUAUCGUCAUCAUCAUCAACAGUUCCAAUAACUGGAUUAAAAACAACCGUCAAGCAUGAGUGGGACUAAGUGGCGUGUACAUGUUGCUUUGCGCCUCCGACGAUGAACGACGUCAAAGCGAAAGCCGAAGCCGUCCAGAGGUCUAGUGCGAGCUGAUGGAUAAGAAGCAGGCAAAAUCAGAUCGAGUGAUGUUAGAUCUGCUCUAGGAUAGCCUAAACUGUUUUGGUUUGGCCUCUUCAAGUUGUUGUGGCUUUGAGGACGUACGUAAAAACAACAAGGCGCCAAUUUUCAUAGUAAGAUUUUUUCAUCCGUUAUUGGAUAGUGGUGUCUACAUUCUGCCGCGGCACUACCUGAAGAUUGUUAUCAGUUGAAGAUUACUAUCAUUAUUAUUAUUAACCGCAAAGAAGUGCGUCUAUAAGCGGCCAGGCACAAUAGUUAAAACCACGCAGUGAUUACUUUGUUAUUUCACUUCGACCGAUAGCUUGUUGCAUUUGUUCCUUCUUCCUCACUCGUACGUCAAGCACCAAAUCAGAACUAUCGUUGUCAAGUAAUGAAUUAUUUCGCAUGUCCGACGUUCAGCCUGAUCAUUGAUGUUUUGCCAGGAAGCGAUCAAGUGAGCUAAACCGUUCUCUUCUAGUUCCUCCGGGGGCUAUUAGUUAAACAAUUACUGGCACAAUUAUCGCUCCCGUCCGAGCACAAUAUACAAGGAUUCCUAGGGCGAUGGUUAUUACGGCCCCGUUUCAUCGAAGCGCUGUGUAUGUCGUUGUUAUUCAUUUCGUGCUGCCGGGUUUUCAGUGAUUUGAUAAUUACUCAGAUCCGUUCCGUCUGUUCCUGUGCCCCUCGAUGUAUCCUAUCCGGCGAAAUUUUCUUGUCACUACUUUUUGAUCCGGCAAACAAGUUUGCGUUCAGCCCUCUGAUCAGUUCCGCCACAACAGUUAACUACCGUCCACCGAUAACGGCUGUUCGUGGUCGUUACUUCCAAAGUACCUCCGAAACCAGGUUCCUACUGCUGUUUUCGUUAUCAAUAUCAGUUCUCAAAUGUGUUUGCGUCUCAUACGAAUGUCGUUAGUUCAAGAAUGUGUUGUCAGUUUUAGCGGACAUUUAUGACGAUGAUCGACUUAAUUAUUAUUGUGAUGUGAGGUUCCAUCAGCAUAGGAUAAUUUUCGUGUAAAGUGCUCCUUUAUAAAAUCGUGCGUGUUUGUGUUCAAGGAGUGCACUUGCCGAUCAGCUGGCAAACGGUCACGAUCAGCCAACCAGGCUAUGCAUUUAUAUAGAGAUCCUUAUCGACCAGCCGCGAGGAUUUGUGGUUAGUGUAUGUCUGUGCGUUUAUGGUCGUGCUGUUAUUACGAUCAGCUACUACGAGUGACUAAUUUGAAUUGGUUUCUCAAGCGACUGGAUUGCUGACUUGGGUCCGUUUUGCCUUUAGUCGCGAGCGAGACGCACGAGCUAUCAGAAUAAGAAGCUCACAUAAACGGUAACAGUAGAAAUCGCACUAUGACCGCCAAGCCGCGUCUCCGCCAUUCGCAGCCGCCUAGAUGGGCACGUCUUGGAACAAAGCGCAUUAGCUCUCAGCACUCGCUCAGCGCUUGCAGACGACACUGACGUAACCUGUUGUUGUUGAGGGGGCCUCUUGCCGCUACUGUUGCCUGUAGUCCGGGACAGCCUCAUAGUCCAUGCACAAGCAAUUGUUUUUCUUCUGCAUAAAUACGCACCUAGGACAUGGCUGCAUGAGGAAAGGUUCCAAUAGCCAGCAGUGUAAAGACGACUGAUAUACUUACUCAAAACGACAAAGAAUUAAACGCUCAUAUGGAGGUAAUAAUUGAGACCAACAUCAGAGACUGAAAAGGGUCAUUUAAUGACAUGCUAAAAUCUGUUUAGGUAAUACUUGCUAGGAUCUGACCUGUACAGUUUAGCUACGCUCCCUUAACAUAUUUAUAAAGAACAUCUGCUAAAACGAGAAGAUAUCGAAAGGUACUGGUGGGCUGAUGCUGUUAUCGAGUGUGAUCACUGUCGAUUUGACAAUGCUUCGAAUUAAUUUAGAAGUGACAAAACUUUCCAAGAGGACUUUACGUCGUGGAAGGGCAUACGCUCGAUAAGGAUUUACUUCUGUUGUGUAAAGGGCCUUUAAUGUAAAGUGAUGACUAAUAGGAACCAGGAGACAGUAGCAGUGUAGUCUCCACUCGAUUUUACAUCUGACGCAUUCAAUAAAGCUCAAAGCCGGUGGCUUUCCUAUCAAACCACGGCGCUCUUUGGCUACCUGGCUCUGUUGUAGUUUUGUGAAUCCCCGCUGUUUGCUGCCCACGGAGGCCAAACAAUGACACCAGCCCCUGAAAAGUAUGCCAGCGUGUCCCGAGUACUUCGAACGUACCACCAAGAUAUCGUCACCCGGACGUUCAGCAGGCGUGUUGUAGUGGGCCAUAGAAAAUUUUAACAGUUCAGUGUCUUCAUCUGGAAUAAAUAUUAAGCGACUGUACAGCCUACCAGUGUGGCUGGCAUCAGCUUCUGCGCGCAGCUCCUGACUCUUGUCUGAAUCGCGACGGUUUCUGCGUCGCCAAUAGCGCGAAUUCACGCACCAAUUCAACAUACCCGUGCAGUAUCUGUGAGGCAAAAGCCACAAAAUUCCAGGUCCAACUUCGUAGCUGCGAAGUGGCUCUCCUUUUUACGAUGCCAUAAAUCAGCAGAAUAAGGGCCAGAAACGAGACAACAGCAGUAUAAAUAUCAGCCAUCAGCUAAGCGGACUGUGCGGUGAUUCUGACGAUCAAUCCAAAGAGAAACGGAGACGUCGUUAUUUUUGCGACGACAAAGUGUUGUAUCAAGAUAAGAUGGAAUCGCAAAAUUAGAAGCUCUUCCGGAAGGAUAAAGCCGGUGCCAAAAAGUAGCGUGUAGCCCGAUUGACGUUGAAUGACCGAUGACGAUAACUGUUCAUUAAGGGUACAAUUGCAUAAGUUCAGCCAUCGCCUCGCUUUGCUCUUCCAAUGCGACGCGCUGUACGACCGUCAUUAUUCUGCCAUGCCCUGCUUGCCCGCUAUCGACGAGUGACCUCUUGACGCUAGGGUGCCACUGCGUUAACAACUGCACCGUCAGUAGACCUGGCAGAUACGGCUCCGGUUAACGCAAAAAAAGGCAGAAUCUCUGCGAGAGCGGUAUGGGCGCGGUCAUCUGCCACGGUCACCAACAAUCAACGCCUAUUCGGGUGCGGAAGCGGCGCGGAGACCUCGUCGGCGAGCGCAGAGCCGACCUCGCUUGGGAAGGCCCGGAAGAUGCAGCCGGCAUAAGGGCCGUAGGAGAUCGUCAGCAGGCGACUAGCAAUUUUUCCAACGCAUCUAACAACAGCUCGAAACAACAGACCAACGUGAAGAAGCAACCGAAGAAUAAAAAAUCUCGAACGAAUGGAAGCGGCGCCCGUGGCGCAGGCAUCCUCCAGCAGGCGUCAAUUGGGGCUAGCGGCGCUUGCUGUUGCAUGACAGAACACCGUGUCUGGAAUGAGGAUUGCGCCCUUUGCCGGGCAUUACGGGAAGAGCAUGACCAAGAAGAAUAUACACAAGUUUUAAACAGUGAGAUGUCAACUAUGAUUGACGCCGUAUACGAUCUAAGUUCCCUAGUUGAACGAAAGCUAAAAGAGAAACAGAAGACUCGCCAGGACGUGUGGAAACGAGAAGGCACAUUUGGCAUCUUUGUGAGCAAAGGCGAAGAUGGGCGACGCCGCAUCGUGGUUAGGGACGGCUGGACUUCGUACCACAUCGAUGGUGAGUUCGAGCUGGAGGACGCUAUAUUCAAAGCGGUGGUGAACGCCGUGGGCGGGGAAGCCAAGGGCCCUUCUGGCGGGCCAGCUGCCCAUCAGAGCCCCCAGCAGAUGCCGGCCGGGAUUUCGCAACAGACGACUGGAACACUAUCAGGAUCGAUUUCACAGCCGCAGCCGGCGCUCAGUCCAGCGUCUCUACGCAGUAACAACGCGUCCUCGGGCGGCGUCUUAGUGCGUCGCGUCCAACCGCGGGUGCUGACGCGUAGCCACACAACGACGACGGGUGGUCCCGAGACGGCCGGCGCCUCCGAGGAUGGCGCCACCGUGGCCGAGGCGGGAUCCGGUUCGGGCAGUGGGCGCGCGGCCGCCCUACCACCUGUCGACACUCUCGAGGCGUGCGAGAGAGCCGCCCAGAGACUGCGCGAGGUAGCGUCCCACCUUCAACAUGGCGACGUGCCUCUUGCCGUCCUCCAGAAGACGCUCACAUAUGCUGCUUGUGUACUUGACACUGUCUGCCAGGAAGAAACAAGGAAGCUUCUCGACGAAGAUGACGAGCUUUCAGAAGUCCGCCCGGACGCCGUUCCCACCGAGGUUCGUGAGUGGCUUGAGUCCACGUUCACACGGCAAUCGGCUUCUCUGCCGAAACGCCGGUCCGAGGAUAAGCCUCGCUUCCGAUCGGUGGCUAACGCGAUUCGGGCUGGAAUAAUGGUGGAUCGCCUGUAUCGAAGAGUGUCGCCCUCUGCCGCGGUGCAUCUACAAGUUCCCCCUCCCAUUGUAGAAAUGCUCAAAAACACUGACGACUGGAGUUUCAACGUGUUCAAACUGAACGAAUUGUCUGGCGAACAGGCGCUCCGCUACCUUUCUUUCGAUCUUCUCAAUCGGUACGGUCUCGUCCACAAGUUCAAGAUGUCCAGCCUCUUCCUAGAAAAUUUCCUCACCUCUAUAGAGGCCGGCUAUAAAAAGUACAACAAUCCUUAUCACAACAAUAUGCACGCAGCCGAUGUGACACAGACUGUACACUUUAUGCUCUGUAGAGCUGGCGUCGCGAACUGGCUAACAGACCUGGAGAUUUUCGCGACUAUAUUUGCGGCAAUUAUCCACGACUACGAACAUACCGGCACAACGAAUAAUUUUCACGUCAUGUCCCGCUCCGAGACGGCACUCAUCUACAAUGAUCGCUCAGUCCUGGAAAACCACCACAUCUCCUCAUCGUUCCGAGUCAUGCAGCACGACGAUUGCAAUAUUUUAGCAAACCUCAGCCGGGACGAGUACAGAGAAUUUCGAUCGCUGGUCAUAGAGAUGGUGCUGGCGACGGAUAUGACGUCGCAUUUCCAGCAGGUGAAAACAAUGAAAACUGCAUUGGGCCACCAUGAUUUUAGUCUUGACAAACCUAAGUCUCUUUGUCUCAUACUGCACGCCUGCGACAUCUCUCACCCAUCGAAAGACUGGGAACUUCAUACUUCUUGGACAGGUUCCUUGAUGGAAGAGUUUUUCAAACAGGGAGACAAGGAGCGCGAACUCGGCCUACCCUAUUCACCCCUCUGCGAUCGGAAUACAACUAUGGUUGCCGAGAGCCAAAUAGGCUUCAUCGAUUUCAUUCUUGGGCCCACAAUGGACGUUUGCAGCGAGCUAAUUAUGAAAAUCUACCAACAGGUACUUCAUCAGCAACAGCAGCAGCGAGCCUCAACAGCGAGUACCGGUGGAGGCACCCAAUCAGAAGAAGGUUCCCGGUCGUCGUCAGUGUCGUCCGUUGGGUCACAAGAUGUUCCCAAGGAACCAGCUCGACCUUGGAUUAAGUUUCUUGAAAUGAACCGUCUCCGUUGGCAGGAGCGGGCUGCACAAGCAGAUGCCGAAGAGAAAGAGAAGUUCGUCGAGGAAGACAGCGGAUCAGUUACGAACAAUGGAAACGCCGGAGAAUCUUCGGAAAACCUAUAGAAGUCCUCCCGUGCCUCCCCAUAGAAGUGAUCAGGGCCAACCUAUCACUUACUCUUACUACGACAGCUGCAUUUAUUACUUGGAAAUAGCGCCGCUACCAUUUCUACUCGUCGAUAGCUAGGAAAACAUUCCUUUUCACCAACGACGCUACCCAGACCGCCUACAAUAACCACAGAGCUUAGCUACACUUAAGCUUGUGAGGCAGUAUCGAGAAUUAGAUCUACGCGAUGUCAACGGUUUCUUACUAUUACGGGAAACGGACAAGAACAGAGUCGCCGUAAAGGCUAAAUCGAAUAUCCUAAACAAAAAGGACAAAGUUAGUCUUUUUGAUCAUAGCAUCUACUACAUAUUAACAUAGAAUGUUUCGCUCCGAAAUAAGGGGGAUAGUAGGACAGAUGGUUUGUUGCCUUUAAACAUGUCUGUAUGGUUGUCGUUAUUGGACGUCGUGUUCGAAGCACGAGUAGACAUCACUGCUCUUCAACAAGUGAUGCUCCAAGUCGUUUUGAGGUAAUCUUUUUGCUUGCGAGUGAGACUUAUCAAUGAAAAGACACCAUAUUGUGAACACAAUGACGAGCGAUACUGCGUUGCUGCCUGAGUGAUGGAGCAACGAUGAAGGAACAAAUAGGGAAGUACGGAAGUGAGCGAAGGGGAACACAAUAAAGAGAAAACAGUGUCGCCUCGGUCGUAGCAGAAGUUACUGUAAUGACAACAAGAUUACUACUAUUAUUAGAAAUUAAAAUUAGUAUCAAAAUGUUGACAGUGAUUAUGAUGAUACCUAAAACAGCCAUUAAAACAUAUACAAGAAAUGCAGAACCGGAAAACAUAAAUGAUCUGAUGCUUCCUACGUCACAGUUUCUGGCAUAUGGUUCGACUGCCAUUGCAGUCAUUACUAAUUCAACUAUUAUUUCUAGUAAAUUACUCUUACUAGAACAAUUAUUAGGAGAUCAUUAUGUAUUUAAUAGAAUUAGUAGGAUUUAUUAUAGUACCUCCUGCCGUUACUAACGCUUACUAAGAAGUUCAUUAAUCAGUGGUGGCAGAUUCACUGAAAGUAGGUUAGGUGGAAGGUUAACCUAAUAGCCGAUCUGAAGGAUUUAUUAUAACAACAAGCAUACAUACAUAUAUAUACACACACUUUCAUUUAUACCAUAUAUAUAUGGUAUAAAUAGAGCUCUCUAGAUAUAUUUGAAGAGCAAGAGAAAGAAAGGAAUAGGGUGGUCAAUAGUGCAAAUAGAAGAAGGGCAUACAGAUAAAUACAAAUUGAUUCAUACCAAAUUAGGCGGAAGAUAAAAGAAGGGUGCGAAAUGCUGAGAGCUACAUGCGCAUAAAACAACAUGUCGACUAUGAAUUGAUUAGGUUAGGACGGGCUGAAGUGCUACGAUCUUUUGUUAACAUGCAGAACCACAUAACGCAUUCGAAUUUAUUGAUUUCGACCUUCUUUCCGGCUACGUAUCCGUAACUUUCACCGUAGCAAUCACCAUUAUCCGUUGUGUGUGUGUUUUUUUUUGUUUCACUGUGAUACGAAACAUGUGUGUAAAAUAUGACUACAUCAAUAAAUGAUUCAACGCCUCUUACGUGACGGACUAAUUGAUUGACUGAUUUGUUUGUUUGGAUUGACAGUGAAACACGGAUUUUUCUUUGUACUAUGUGCAAUCGCCGUAUUCGUUUGACUUACUGACAAUUCCGUCCUUUGUCGAUUCUGUUUAUAGAAAAUUGCUCGCUUCCGCGGUGGCAAUCGAGAGCUAUACCGUCUCAUACGGUUGCUACAAGGUUCGCUAUUUGGUCGAGGAACUCACAAGGUAUUAGCCUGUAACUAUGGCCAUCUAAAAUACUUACUUCGAAGCUUAAACGAUCAAAGUGAUAACUGGCACACGUAAUGCGGCUUUCGCAAUCAAUUCGUUAUUUGAGAUAUUUUUUUCUACGUUUUAUCUAUUCUAACGGAAGGCUGCGCAAUGCAGGGCGAUUAAAUUCAGUCAAUUCGAAAUACAAAUUUCACAAAAUACGAAAUUUAUCUCUUUCGAAGUUUCUCGAUUCGCUCGCCAACGCUGCAUAAUAAUACGUUUAACCGGUUACCACCGAAACACUCAGUUUUGUCUCGAGUUAUACAACACUCUCCCAGUCACCUUAAGUACUUGACUAUUUGCUUUGAUAUGUUUUAAUUUUCCGUUGAUCGAAUCUGUGAUCAAUUACAAGGGUCCAGUCAAGCUUACGUAGACAUGAUAAAAACUGUACAAUAGAAAUACGUUAGACACAACGGUACGUUUUGCAAAUAGCUAGCUAACAGAACCGAGCCGUUACCAUCCCGGUUGUUACAUCCACUUCGACACAACACGUACAAUGAAGACACGACAAGAUACGAAACAGAAGCAGGCCACAAACAGACAAAGGUUUAACACGCGCGACAGGUGUUGAAUAGGCCGGUAAGAUACAUAGUGACUGUAUGAUAGGAGCGCAUCUUCCCAGUCCGUUUAAUCUGCUUGUUAUUACUAGAUCGUGUCGGUUGCCGGUUGCAAGUUCCACCAGUAAAGGACCACAGCGCUAAUCACGCGGCGGCCACCACUGAAAUGAGACUGUUAGAACAUGUACUUCUUGUAGUAAAUUAGAGAGCACUAUGCAGUUGUGCAAAUAGCAGGCACAAGUUGGACACCGUUAAUUAUGCCCUCUAUAGGCAUGUCCUUAUAACGACAUACAUAGAAGCGCAGACAAAUACGGAGUGAUUCAGAGAGGUGUGCUGUUCAAUGACGGAACGAAGUUUUCAGAGUAGGAAAUGACCCAUGGCGAACUUCUCGCAAUUGUGUCACGUUUCCUUCCCCAUUGCACCCAAUCAACAGCGAGCCAGCCGACGAACGAAACGGGCUUCGGCUGAACAAAGGAUCUAUUGAUUCUUAGAGGUUACAGCGUAUUGUUAGGUGACCCCUAUACGCGCUUGGCAAUCCUAGUAACGUGUCAAGGGUGGGCCUAGCAUAGCGGCCAGGACGAUCUCGGUAAGGAUAACGACGGUUAUCCUUUCAGUAAGAUUCAAUAUCGUGUAACAUGUCCGCCCAUCGAAUAUUAUAUUUUACACAGCUUCGUUUGUGUGAAUAAUAAUCCACGACAACAACAACAACAACAAAAGAAGAAGUAGCAGCAGAUGGUUUAGUAUAAUUUAAUGUAAAUUUAAGUAUAUUAGUUAAUAGAUAGGUCAGAUCGCAAAUGCUGGAUUGUGUCGUUGCUUUUCUUUGACAUGUAAAAAAAAUUACGUUUAUUGAUGGCAGUGAGAGUAGCUUUAGAAUAGAACGGCAAAACAUCACAUGAUUACAUGACGAGGAUAAUUAUAAUAAUAAUAGUAGUAAUAAUGAGAAGCGAGGAAAAGAUGAUUGCAGAUUUGGUCAGUGUUCGUCAACUGCCCUGACGUUUCGAAAUCCGCGACAGAGCAGUAGCAUGAUGCCCUAAGUAUCAUAUCGAAUUGAAGUUGCUUUGCCGUCCGUUCCACGUACGUGGGCAGCUGCAAGUCGUAAGCGGGCCGCAUACGCUUCAGACCUUUUAACUCUCGGCGAAGGUUCUGAGAAAACAUCUCGUUAUUUUCAGUACAUGAUUUCCUACGCGGUUCUCACAAUUAACUUAGGCCUAUACUUAUUUUUACUUUUUCUUGCCGUCUCAUACAGGUUUCAUGGUUCAUGUUGAGACUCAUUUGGUUUAGACCUGAAUUUCUACCGUGCGUUAGCUAUCUGAGCAACACAAACGCACCUUUGCCACCAGCGACAGCCAUAUUCAGGAUAGGCGAUUGUCUUCUAGCUAAAAUGAUGCUGUGUGAGGUACAUUUCUUCACGUGAAGAUGGCUAUUUAUAUCUACGUACUAGUCCAAGUGUAUGACAUGCCUUCAAACGAGAAGAUUCACUCGUUCGAAUUUGAAAGUGGAGAUUAAAUUUAAAAAAAAAAAGACCUGCGAUUUAUGGAUUGGUUGAUUAGUCCCAGAUGAA